AUGCUCCUAUUGUUAAAUGUUUGGUUGGGAGGGGGUGCUGUUGUAGUUGGUUCAAUGAUUUUUGCCUUGGUAGUUUGGCGAUGUUAUUGUUUCCAAGACCGUAGAGGUAUUAUUGAUCCGUUAAGAACUAAUAGAACUGCAAGCUUGCAGGAUGGGAUUGCAAAGCUUCAUCAAGGGAGUCUACAUCAUCAAACUGAUCAAUUUGAAAACAAAAGAAGAGGAAAUUAUUAUGUUUUUCGUCGCGGGGCUUCUACAAGACCUUUGUUCAAUUGGGCUGAUCAUCCGGCGCUUAUUACUGACGCGGUCGAAAAUGGAUGGUCUAGAUUUGGUUUCACAAGCUACGUGUCAUCUCCUUCCACACGAUCAUCGUUUUUAGGUUUAUGUGCCGCUGGAGAUUAUGGAAGAGAAGCAGAUACAGAGAUAAGCUGGGAAGUUUCUCAAGGAUCAGCUGAUUUUAUGCAAAAGAUAAGGCUGAAUUCCUGGUUAAAGAAGGUUAAUGUAAGCUAUCCUUCUCUGUCUGCUGCUUCUGUAAUUAGAACUGCUUUGCCUUUACCAGGGCCUCCAUUGGGAAACUCAUCUUUUCCUCAAGAGGCCUAUUUUGAGAUCACAGUCUUGUAUUGUCAUGGCGAUGAUCAAGAAUCUGCUGGCAAGGCUAAGGAAGGAGAGAGGGCUAAACUCAUCCAAGAAAAAUCUAAUGCAAAAGCGAGUUCAGAAUCUCUAGUACAUGUAAGUAGCAACCACAGAAUCAGCAAACUUGAAGAAUUGAAGCUUGCCGGUAAAGAUGAUUGUCAAGGUUCAGCAGUUAGGCUAUCUGUUGGGCUCACUAUUGGAGGCGCUCUUCCUUUGAAACUUCCUGGAAGCUAUCCAGGAUCCAUUGGAUUUAACUCCAAUGGUUCUCUCUAUCUUGAUGGUAUGGAACUUGUGUUUGAAGCCGAUAAAGCAGAAUGGGCAAGAACAGAAAAGGUAAUUGGCUGUGGAUUUGAUCCUAGGCAAAAACAAGUGUUCUUCACAGUAGAUGGGGAGCUGCUACAUGUAGUUCAUUGCAAGUCAGAGGAAUUUGGGACACCCCUCUACCCAACAAUUGCAGCAAACAAUGACAUAGUGGUUCUUGUCAAUUUUGGACAAAGUGCCUUUAGUUAUGCACAAGCAAAUGCUCAAAGAACACCAAAUCCUUGCUUCAUUGGCCCUCUUGUAAAAUCCCCUACUUUGGGCUAUGAGGAUAGCAAGGAGCUCUUCUCAAUGGGAAGAAUUGACUCCCAGUGGCUCAAUAGAAGUACCACUAAGGGCAGCCACAUGAAUGGAGCUAAUAACCAAGGAGUUGACUUCGAUGACGAGUCUGAGGCUGAUUUAUUUGAAAUUGUCUUGGAUAAUGGCACUGGAAGAUCUCCAAACACCAAGCUUUAA